AUGGCGGCUUCAGCAUCUGAACGUCCUCAAUUUAUUUCGAGCAACGGUGGCAACAGAAGCUUCUCCAACGCUCCACUCAUUGACAACUCUGAUCCUAAUCAGAUUAUUGUCCCAGAGAAGAAAAGCUGGAAGAAUUUCUUUGCCUACUUAGGACCUGGUUUUCUUGUGUCAAUCGCAUAUAUCGAUCCUGGAAAUUUUGAGACUGAUCUGCAAUCUGGUGCACAAUACAAGUAUGAGUUACUUUGGAUCAUAUUGGUGGCUUCUUGCGCUGCUUUGGUGAUUCAAUCUCUGGCUGCAAAUCUUGGUGUUGUCACAGGAAAACAUUUGGCUGAGCAUUGUAGAGCAGAAUACUCCAAAGUUCCAAACUUUUUGUUAUGGGUUGUUGCUGAAAUUGCAGUAGUCGCUUGUGACAUCCCAGAAGUUAUUGGAACAGCUUUUGCUCUGAAUAUGCUCUUUAGCAUUCCGGUUUGGAUUGGUGUUCUUCUGACAGGCUUAAGUACACUGAUGCUUCUCGCACUUCAACAAUACGGGGUGAGAAAGCUGGAGUUCUUGAUCGCAUUUCUUGUGUUCACAAUUGCUAUAUGCUUUGUCAUUGAGCUACACUACUCAAAGCCAGACCCAGGAGAAGUCCUACAUGGCCUCUUUGUUCCACAACUCAAAGGAAAUGGUGCAACUGGUCUUGCUAUCUCUUUGCUUGGAGCCAUGGUUAUGCCGCACAAUCUCUUCCUCCACUCUGCCUUGGUCCUCUCCAGGAAAAUCCCACGUUCAGCUACUGGCAUCAAGGAGGCUUGCAGAUUUUACUUGAUAGAGAGCGGACUGGCUCUAAUGAUAGCCUUUCUCAUAAACGUCUCUGUGAUAUCAGUAAGUGGUGCUGUUUGUAAUGCCCCUGACUUGACCCCUGAAGACCGAGCUAAAUGUGAGGAUUUGGACUUAAACAAGGCUUCGUUUCUGCUACGAAACGUGGUUGGUAAAUGGAGCUCAAAGCUAUUCGCUAUCGCGCUUCUUGCUUCAGGGCAGAGCUCAACGAUAACUGGAACAUAUGCUGGACAAUACGUGAUGCAAGGCUUCCUUGAUCUAAGACUUGAGCCAUGGCUAAGAAACUUCCUAACAAGAUGUUUAGCUAUUAUCCCUAGUCUAAUAGUUGCUCUCAUUGGUGGUUCAGCUGGAGCUGGAAAGUUAAUCAUCAUUGCCUCGAUUACAGCUUUGACUUGGGUCAUUGGUGGUCUGAUCAUGGGAAUAAACAUAUACUACAUAGUAAGCAGUUUCAUUAAACUGCUAAUACAUAGUCACAUGAAGCUUGCCCUUGUCAUCUUUUGUGGAAUUCUUGGGUUCUCAGGCAUUGCUAUCUAUUUAGCAUCUAUAGCUUUUCUUGUCCUCCGGAAGAACAGAAAAGCUAGUCCUCUUCUUGCUUCAACAAACUCACAAACUGUGGAGACUCUCCCAAGACAAGAUAUUGUAGACAUGCAACUACAUGGUAAAACGGCUGCAUCAGAUCUUGAUUGA